AUGGCCCCCUCACAAGCAGGCUACGCGCCGAGCUUGGACAAGCUACUGAAGUCGCUCAAGAACCACCCGCUCGAGGCGUCAAUUGAUGCUCUAAUCUUUCUCUUGACGCGGAGACAGGUCCACGGGGACGACUGCGCCAUUGCGACUGCCCACAUCCUGCUCCAGGUCGUUGCGAGGUCCAAGUGGAACGACGUCGACCAGCUGCUUGCCCGUGUGCAAAAGGCCGGUUCAAGGCUCGUCUACGCUGCCCCCGAUGAGCCCGUCAUCGGUAAUAUUGUGCGGCGAGUUCUCGGCCUCAUCCGUGACGAGGCAUCCGAGGAGAGGAAUGCCGACGACCUCAGCGAGUCGGCUUCAGACAUCCAGACGCUUACUACGAGCUCAAGCCCUCCCCCGAGGCCGCCGCCUCUUGUGCGGUCGACCACGGCUGGAGGAAGCAUGUCGGUCUCAAAGUCUAUGUUCAACCUGCUUUCGGUAGCAGAUCCAGCUGACCUGCCCACUGGAGCCUCGACCCCGGUGUCUCAGGCGCAGCCGGCCAGCAUACAGGCAUUGCGCUCCGAGGUCAUUGACGGCAUCGAGGAGAUCAUGGAUGAGAUCAGCCAGGCCGACGAUCAGAUUGCGAGCUUCGCCGAGAUACAGAUCAACCCGGGCGACUACGUGCUCGUGUAUAGGCCGUCAAAGACGGUCGAGAAGUUUCUAGUCAAGGCGGCGUCAAAGCGGCGAUUUACCGUCUUCAUUGCUGGCCUCGAGCCGCACAAGAAGCAGGGCGCCGAGGCCCCCUACGCUGCGCUGCGUAAGAAACUCAACGCAGCCGGGGUGAAUACGGUCAACCUCGCCAGCAAUGGCUUGACGGCCUAUAUGGCCAGGGUCAGUAAGGUCGUGAUCAGCGCAAAAGCCGUCUAUCAGAACGGGGGAUUGUUGGUUGACAGCGGGUCUUGCAUCGCCGUCCAAGCUGCUGAAGCGUAUUCCAAACCCGUCAUCGUCCUCUGCGGCGUGUACAAGUUCUGCCCCCAGGACCCGUCCGAAGAGCUCUCGUGGGGCGGCGUCAAGGGCAAUUCGUCGGCCGAAGUGAGUUAUGCGGAGGGCGCCGAAGUAGACGAGCUCGAGGUUGAGAACACAGUGACGGAUUAUGUUCGACCCGAGCACGUCGACAUUUACCUCACCAACUUGGGGCCGCAGACACUGCACCAUUUUGCUGGCAUUCUAGCGGAUCACUACAAGCCUGAAGAGAUGCUUUUGUCGCUGCAACUUGGCGAAGCGUAA